AUGUCCCUGCACCUGCGCAUUCAGCUGGAGACAUCUCCUGAAUCUGGAAACAGUCUUCACUCUGCUACUGCUGAAGUUUCUCCUAAUUUCUUUGUCUCGAUUCUAGUACUAGCUGCCAUGAUACCCUCUUGUCUCUCUUUCAUAUUUGUUGGGAGAUAUGUUUUGAGCCCACCACAACAUCUUGUGGACACAGCUGCUGAUAGAAUGGGGAAUCUAUGCCCAAAGUGUAGACAAGAGAUCAGCAACAGGAGAUCUUACAGGGUGAACAUUGUACUUUGGAACACUAUUCAGCUGAUAUUUCCCGAAGAAGUUGAAGCAAGGAAAGUGGCUGCUGCGCGUAAAAUUUCUUUAGGCAUUAUGUUUCAUGACCCGCGCCUUCACCUGGAGACAUCUGAAUCUGGAAACCGCCUUCCCUCUGCUGCUGCUGAAGUUUCUCCAGACUUCGUCGUCUUGAUUCUAGUACUGACUUCCCUGAUACCACUUCUCUCUUUCUCGAACUAG